AUGAGUCGUCAGGUCGUAGCUGGAGUUGCCAUUGGGGGUGCUUUCUCCUUGACUGCUCUGCUGAAGUUAGCUGUAAGAUACGCUGGAGAAGAGCUGAGUCACGUGGUGGCUCUGUACUCUGGCGAGCUGAUAGGAGGAGGGUUGCGUGUGCUACUCGAGAAUAGCACUGAUUCUGUAUUCCGCCUCGGUGGCAUCUGGAUACUUUUCGAGCUCCGUGCUGAAAUACUGUAUCUGUUGCGGCUCCUCCUGUCGAUUAUCGUUUGGUGUGUUGAAAGGUGUGCGGCGGAAUUUUCUCUGUGGCCACGGAAAAGCAUCACUGAAGCAGAACGAUUGGAGACAACCUGUCAGCAAAUGGCUCUUGUGGCCGCUCCUGGAGUGAAUCCUGGAACCCCCUUGGGUUUCUUGCUUCUCGAAAGGAGUGGUGAGUGGGACGAGGUCUACGUAGCAUCCCGGCUUACCGGCACCAGUGACUUGAUCGUCAGAACCACUACUGCUGACGCAUCCGAUUGGCAGUGGAGCAUUGUCAGAACAGUGCUGGGAGCUGUACGUGCGCCUGUGGGUGUCGGUGGAGCUCGUGGGGCGCCAGCAGGGGUUCAUGCAGGUCAGAUCAAUUGGAUCUGUCCUCCAGAAAACCCAGCUGCAAAAUGGAAUCCCCAUGCAGACGAGCUAACAGCCAUUCAGCAGGAGGGCCAGUUGUUAGCAAUUCAGCUGAGCCAGUCAGGGGUGAACGAUUCGAUGGUGACCAUUCCCGGUCAGGGGAUGGAUCUGAUUCCCGUACCAGUGGGAGGUCCACCGGUAGUGGGACCAGGAGGCGCAGGUGUUUUGGCACCGGCGCAGCCCGCGGCAGCCGCGGCGCUGGGACCGGUAGGACCAACACCAUCUCGGAAAUCAGGCGUGGAUCCGUUGAACCUGCAAUCCCUGGCAGACGCAGUGCAGGAGUUGCGUUCCAUGGCAAAAGACAAGGAUUCCAAGGAGCGCAGAAAGAAAAAGAAGCAAGACAAGAAGAAGAAGAAGAAAAAGAAAAAGAAUCGCGACACCAGUUCAUCCAGCAGUCGCUCGCGGAGCAGCCGAAGCAGCUCGUCGUCAGAGGACGACUCCGAUGCCCCGCUGAGGUGGGGCUACAAGGCCAAGACCAAGGAUGUCGAGCACUCUCAGAUCUAUGCGUUGGACCAGCAGAAGUUCAAGCGGAAGGGAGAGUUGGUGGCGUAUGCAACAAAGCAUCCCGGAGCGCUCACGGCCCACUUUCUGGCGUCCAUCUACGCCAGGUUGUCCAAAGGCAGAUUGACCCGGAGUUCGCAACUUCGGCAGGCCAGUGUAGUGAGCUGGGCUUCGCAAUUCUCCGGUCUGACCGAGAUCAGGGACAUCCGCGAGGUCCUCACUCUGGCCGAGGCCAUGGAUGCCAUAAACCGGAAGGAGAUUGCUCGAGCUAUGGAUGUGUUGACUCAGCGGAUCCUUGCAAUCCAGCAGGCGAAGAAGAAGGGUGGAACAUGGGAGAAGGCCGAGAUGAUCGAGUUGAUUCCAUCCGGGAGUGCAGUGGCAUCGUCGUCGAUGCUGGCACUCACCAACUAG